GGGGGAUUGAAAUAUAUUGGAGAAGAAGAAAAUGAGCUGCUCUUAUCUAUUUACUGGCGACGCUUCUGUCGCCUCGCGAAGGUGGAACGAUGUUUCUUUCCGGCAGCAGCGUGUAUUUCUCCCACAGCAAUUUCACCGGCCACAGCUUGCGUCGCUUUCCCAGCUCCCCCGAUUAGUCGCCACUGCUAAUCAGAACUUUACUAGUCAAUCGCUCGGGACCAGAAACUGCUUUCCUUUACUGCUUGCUGGAGGAGACAAUGAUAAUGGAAAUGGCUCCGGCGGAGACGGUGACGGAGAUGGCGGUUGGUGGUUUAACGGUGGUGGUGAUAAUUCUGAUGACCCUUUUAGAUUAUUCUGCUUUCUGUUCUUGGUCUUGUCCUGCUUCUUCCAGUUACAACUAUCUGCUGCCUUCGCCAUUGCUAAACCUCCAGAGUCGGAAAGUGAGAGAGACACGGUUUGGGAAGUAAGAGGAAGCAAAAGGAAGCGACUUGUCCCUGAUUACGUCAGAGAUGAGUUCGUCUCUGAAGAAUCUUCCUUCGAAUUAUCAUCUUCUUUGACUCCUGAGAAUCUCGUGACCCAAUUUAGAAACCUUCUGAUUCAGUUCCUCCUCCCCGAAGGCUACCCCAACAGCGUCACCUCCGAUUACCUUGACUACUCUCUCUGGAGAGGCGUUCAAGGAAUCGCUAGCCAGAUCAGCGGCGUUCUUGCCACUCAGUCUUUGCUUUAUGCAGUUGGGUUGGGUAAAGGAGCGAUCCCUACAGCUGCAGCGAUCAAUUGGGUGCUUAAAGAUGGAAUUGGGUAUCUCAGUAAGAUUAUGUUAUCCAAAUACGGACGCCAUUUCGAUGUUCAUCCCAAAGGAUGGAGGUUAUUUGCUGAUCUUCUUGAAAACGCUGCUUUUGGUAUGGAGAUGCUUACACCACUCUUUCCUCAAUUCUUUGUCAUGAUCGGUGCUGCUGCUGGUGCUGGCCGAUCUGCUGCUGCUUUGAUUCAGGCUGCUACUAAAAGUUGCUUUAAUGCUGGCUUUGCUUCUCAAAGGAACUUUGCUGAGGUAAUUGCCAAAGGUGAAGCUCAAGGAAUGGUGAGCAAGUCAAUGGGUAUCCUUCUUGGAAUAGUUGUUGCCAAUAACAUAGGAACCUCUACAAGUCUUGCACUUGCUGCAUUUGGAGUUGUGACAUCGAUCCAUAUGUAUACCAAUUUCAAAUCUUACCAAUGCAUCCAACUCCGUACGCUAAACCCAUAUCGUGCAAGUUUGGUUUUUAGUGAAUAUCUCAUCAGCGGCCAAGCUCCUCUAGUCAAGGAGGUCAAUGACGAAGAACCAGUCUUCCCAGCUGUUCGGUUCUUAAACAUAAAAUCUACGAAAAAGCUGCAAGAUUUCGUCCUAUCAUCAGAAGCAAAAACAGCAGCAGCAGACAUAGAGGAACGGCUUCAACUAGGUUCAAAGCUCAGCGAGGUUAUCCACAACAAGGAAGAAGCAAUAGCACUCUUUGAUCUGUAUCGCGAUGAAGGCUACAUCCUCACAGAACACAAAGGGCGAUUUUGUGUGAUGCUCAAGGAAAGCUCGUCGCCACAAGACAUGCUCAGGUCGUUGUUUCAAGUGAACUACCUCUACUGGCUAGAGAAGAACGCUGGGAUCGAAGCUACAAACACUUACUCAGACUGCAAACCGGGCGGUCGCCUUCACAUUUCUUUAGAUUACGUGCGAAGAGAGUUUGAAUUGGCCAAAGAAGACAGUGAAACAGUGGGUUGGGUUACUGAAGGACUCAUAGCUAGACCUCUACCGACCAGAAUCCGUGUAGGUUAUGAUAGUGAACCCUCAUCUUCUCCUUCUAGUUCAUAA